CUCCCGCCCUCCCCGGGCCGCUUGCCUUGGUGGAAGGGAGAUAAUAGGACGCCUUCCCAUCUCCCUGGAACCCGAGAGAAAGCAGUUGCUAUCUGCUCCUCCUCCUCCUGCUGCUCAGUGGGAAGGUUUGUUAUGAAUUGAAAGCAGCGGCUCGCUGUUCUUGGGUUUAAGCCCCCUAGCAGGCUGCUGAGUCCCUUUGUCGGCUGGGUGUGUGGAUUCACACGUGUGCGCGCUUGCUUGGGCGUAUCUGACCGUGGGGAAAAGGUCCUCCUGAAACGGGUUGGACUAGAUGUCAUCCAAGGUCCCUUCCAACUCUGUUACUGUUUACUGUUUAAAUCGGCCUGUCUUUUGAGGUCAGCUGAUAGGAACAGGGGCUCUGCCUCUUGAGAAGACACGGCUGGGUGUUGCAGAGGUGCAAGUCAUCUGGUAAUUUUUAACUUUCUGGAUUCUGCAAUCUGGCUUUGUUGACUGUUGAUAAACCAGCAUGCUUGGUAGAAGACCCAGGAAAAGCCCCCAGGCCAAGGGUCAGGCAGGAGCUGCCGCAAAACAGCUGGGUCUUUUUAUAGAGUUCAAUCCUGAAGAGAUGAUACUAGAUCUAGAAGACGAUGGGGAUCUAGAAGCUGAGCUAGCGGCUAUUACUGGAGAGAAUUUGCCUACUGGAAAAACCAAACCAAAAGGAAAAUCCCCUUUGCCCAUGGGUCAUAUAGAAAAGAUGGCUGCUGAGUGCAUGAAGGACAUGGAUGAUGAUGAUGAUGAAGGUCUGGAGGAAGAUACCGAACUUUUGGUAUAUAUGGGAGUCUGCUGGAAGACUGCUUAUCCCCCCUCUAGUUCUAAAGAGGAACCAUCAUUUCAUACCAUUUUUCUCAGGCAAAAUUAAACUUCAAAUCCUAUAAUCUGCAGCCAGAAGAGAAAGCAGUCAUGUUGGUUGGAAAAAUUAUGAGAAUUGAAGCGAAAUUCAUUGAGAAUGUACCAAGAUGCUUAUAAGAAAUAUUGGAUAUGAUAGCAAUAGCAGUUAGACUUAUAUACCACUUCAU